CGCGCCUGGCUGGGCCCAGCGGAGCUGGAGGGACGGAGCGAGCGAGGAGCGAGCCGAGCGGCCGUCGCCCGAGCUCAGCCGCGCCGCCCGCCAGCCCGCGCUCCAGGCUCCAGUCCGCCGUGUCCAGCAGCGGGACCCAGCAUGGUCAUGGCGGAUGGCCCGAGGCACUUGCAGCGCGGGCCGGUCCGGGUGGGGUUCUACGACAUCGAGGGCACGCUGGGCAAGGGCAACUUCGCCGUGGUGAAGCUGGGGCGGCACCGGAUCACCAAGACGGAGGUGGCGAUAAAAAUUAUAGAUAAAUCUCAGCUGGAUGCAGUGAACCUUGAGAAAAUCUACCGAGAAGUACAAAUAAUGAAAAUGUUAGACCAUCCUCACAUAAUCAAACUUUAUCAGGUAAUGGAGACCAAAAACAUGUUGUACCUUGUGACAGAAUAUGCCAAAAAUGGAGAAAUUUUUGACUAUCUUGCUAAUCACGGCCGGUUAAAUGAGUCUGAGGCCAGGCGAAAAUUCUGGCAAAUCCUGUCUGCUGUUGAUUAUUGUCAUGGUCGGAAGAUUGUGCACCGUGACCUCAAGGCUGAAAAUCUCCUGCUGGAUAACAACAUGAAUAUCAAAAUAGCAGAUUUUGGUUUUGGAAAUUUCUUUAAAAGUGGUGAGCUGCUGGCAACUUGGUGUGGCAGCCCCCCUUAUGCAGCCCCAGAAGUCUUUGAAGGGCAGCAGUAUGAAGGACCACAGCUGGAUAUUUGGAGCAUGGGAGUUGUUCUUUAUGUCCUUGUCUGUGGAGCUCUGCCUUUUGAUGGACCCACUCUUCCUAUUUUGAGGCAAAGGGUUUUGGAAGGAAGAUUCCGGAUUCCGUAUUUCAUGUCAGAAGAUUGUGAGCACCUUAUUCGAAGGAUGCUGGUCCUAGACCCGUCCAAAAGGCUAACCAUAGCUCAAAUCAAGGAGCAUAAAUGGAUGCUCAUAGAAGUUCCUGUACAGAGACCUGUUCUCUAUCCACAAGGCCAAGAAAAUGAGCCAUCCAUUGGGGAGUUUAAUGAACAGGUUCUGCGACUGAUGCACAGCCUUGGAAUAGAUCAACAGAAAACCAUUGAGUCUUUGCAGAACAAGAGCUACAAUCACUUUGCUGCCAUUUAUUACUUGUUGGUGGAGCGCCUGAAAUCACAUAGGAGCAGUUUUCCUGUGGAGCAGAGGCUCGAUGCCCGCCAGAGGCGGCCCAGCAGCAUUGCUGAACAAACAGUUGCCAAGGCACAAACUGUGGGCUUCCCAGUGACCAUGCAUUCACCGAAUAUGCGACUGAUGAGAUCUACCCUCCUCCCACAGGCAUCCAAUGUGGAGGCCUUUUCAUUUCCAGCAUCCGGCUGUCAGGCAGAAGCAGCGUUUAUGGAAGAAGAGUGUGUUGACACUCCAAAGGUCAAUGGCUGUCUGCUGGACCCUGUGCCUCCUGUCCUGGCGAGGAAGGGGUGCCAGUCUCUGCCCAGCAGCAUGAUGGAGACCUCCAUUGAUGAAGGGCUGGAGACAGAGGGAGAGGCCGAGGAAGACCCGAGCCAGGCCUUGGACGCGUUCCAGUCCACGCGUGGCGGGCAGAGACGGCACACUCUGUCCGAAGUGACCAAUCAGCUGGUCAUGGUGCCGGGUUCAGGGAAAGUUUUCUCCAUGAGUGACAACCCUUCCCUUGACAGUGUGGACUCUGAGUAUGACAUGGGGUCUGUUCAGAGGGACCUGAACUUUCUGGAGGACAACCCUUCCCUUAAAGACAUCAUGUUAGCCAACCAGCCCUCACCUCGCAUGGCAUCUCCCUUCAUAAGCCUGAGACCUGCCAACCCAGCCAUGCAGGCCCUGACCUCCCAGAGAAGAGAGGCCCACAACAGGUCGCCCGUGAGCUUCAGGGAGGGCCGCAGGGCCUCAGACACCUCCCUCACCCAAGGAAUUGUAGCAUUUAGACAACAUCUUCAGAAUCUGGCUAGAACCAAAGGAAUCCUAGAGUUGAACAAAGUGCAGCUGCUGUAUGAACAGAUGGGGCCAGAGGUCGACCCCAGCCUGGCGUCAGCUGCUCCUCAGCUCCAGGACCUGGCUGGCAGCCGCCCUCAGGAGGAAGCCGCUCAGCAGCCGGAAGGCGUUCCUGCACUUGCCAGCAGCGUGCACCCCCCGCUGUCCCCGCGGCAGAGCCUGGAGGCCCAGUACCUGCAGCACAGACUCCAGAAGCCCAGCCUUCUGUCGAAAGCCCAGAACACCUGUCAGCUGUAUUGUAAGGAGCCGCCACGGAGCCUUGAACAGCAGCUGCAGGAACACAGACUCCAGCAGAAGCGACUCUUCCUCCAGAAGCAGUCUCAGCUGCAGGCAUACUUUAACCAGAUGCAGAUAGCGGAGAGCUCAUACCCACAGCCCCACCAGGAGGCACCAUCGCCACCACCGCAGCCACCACCCUUCAGCCUGACGCAGCCCCUGAGCCCCGUCCUGGCAGCCUCUGAGCAAAUGCAGUACAGCCCCUUCCUCGGCCAGUACCCGGAGAUGCCGCUGCGGCCCCUGCCCUCCUCGCCGGGCCCUCAGGCGCACCUGCAACAGCCGCCACCGCCGCCGCCGCCACCGCCUCCGCCGCCACCACAACAGUCGGGAGCUGCCCCGGCGUCCUUACAGUUCUCCUAUCAGACUUGCGAGCUGCCAGGCGCUGUCUCCCCUGAGCCAGACUACCCCACUCCCAGUCAGUACCCCCUGGACGGAGCCCAGCAGGGCGGCGUGGCAGCGCCAGACUGUCCCAGGAGCUCGGGGCUGCAGGGCGACCCCUCCAGCUACGACCCGCUCGCCCUCUCCGAGUUCCCCGGACUCUUUGACUGUGAAAUGCUGGAGGCCGUGGACCCGCAGCACAGCGGCUACGUCCUGGUGAACUAGCCCUGGCCCAGGAAGUGGGACCGUCCGUGUAGGAAGCACGUGUGUUUUUAUUUCUUUCAGCCUUUUACAUUUAAAGCUUAUUUUCUGUCCUCUCCCGAAAGGGGAGAACCAACUUGCCCAACUGGAAUCGGAGGGCCUGGCCAGGUGGCUGUCACUCCCUCCCGGCUCGGUCCCUCCCGGCUUCCUGUGGCCCAUGCUGGCACACGGCUGUGCCGGGUGGAGCGAGCUCUCACGGAGACGCCGGCAAAUGUUUUUAUAAGACAGCCAGACCUGGGUUCUAUACCGAACGCACCAGUCAUCAAGGGAGACUUGGGUGAACACAGGGAAACGUGUGCCACUCUCUGGAGGGAAGAGGCAGUAUUUUUCACUGACGCCAAGGAGCAGCAUGCUUGAGGGCACAUCAGGAUACAUAAGGAAUGUGAUGCGUGGACGUAAGGGAAGGCUGUGCUUUGUCGCCGAAGCAUAAGUGCUGAGCUGCUGAUGCACGCUGUCCCCAAGGCCAUCGCCGAGCAUCGAGCUGAGCUGUUUCGGGGCCACUGAAGACCAGCUGGUACCAAGCCCGACGGCGGCGUCUCCCGGAGCAGCAGCGCCUCUUCAGAAGGCGCCCUGGGUCACAGACGCAGAGGGCUCGGGGCUCCGGAGAUGUCGCCUGGAGGACCCACAGGACCCAUCACAGCGGGAGCAGGGGCGAGGACCUCGAGGAGCCAUCGGAGCAGGGCCCUGGGCCAGGAAGGCGGGGCUUCCCACAGAUCUGUGGGGACUUCCGGUCGGGCAGUCGGCCUGACGGGGACCGGGACGGGGACAUGGUGUCUCUUCAAAUGUAGUAACUACUUGGACUUCACACUAUAUUAUAUGUUGCUAGUAGUUUCCUGAGCUUUGUAUAUUCGGACAGUUUCAUAGAGGACUUAGAAGUUUUAAGAACAAGAAUGAACUUUUCUCUCCCAUGUGAAGUGGUAGUGCUGUGCCUUUUCCCGGAUCAUGCUUUAAUUAUUUCUUUUCUGUAGAAACCAAGUUUCCAUUCAUGUCAAUGCUAAAUCCAAAGUCACUUCAGUUUGUUUCCACUGUGUGGGAAUCGCAUUCUUCAUUUCCUUAAAGUUUGACUUGUAAUGAAACGUUAGAGUAUUACAGCAAUAUUCAAAACCA